GUCGUCUCCGUUCCUAUCUCCUUCCCCUCUGUCUCCCCUCAUCAUACUUUUCUUGCUCCUUCGAUCGAGGCAAAAAGUUAGCUAGGGAAAGCUAUAAAGAUAAAAAGAUGGCGACGGCUGAUCACGAGGCGACGGACGACAGUAGCGGCGGCCCGCUCCUCGUUUGGGACUGCGGCAGCAUGCUCUACGACUCGUACGAGCUCACCGCCUUCAAGCGCCAGCUCGACGCCGCUGUGCUCUCCAGCAGCCGCUCGCUCUCCAUGCCGCACCUCACGGCCAGCGUCGCCACAACGUCGCUGCCCACCACCGACGUACAGCAGCAGCAGGGAAGGCGGCGCAGGAGGAGGCGCCUGCCCGCCCUGCUCCGGAGGCUCUUCUCCAGGGUGCUCCGGCUGCGGCUAUUCCCAGCCACCGGGGCGCGGGGCGCGCACUACUGGACGGGAGACGACCGAACAGGGUCGCCGUGGUCCGGCGCCCUCACGUCCAUCCCGGAGGAGCAGAGCUCCAGCAGCCCUGAGAUGGCGGAGUCCCCGGUCGUUGAGCCUGCCCAGAGCAAGCUGCGCAAGACACAGUCGGAGCGCUUCAUCGGCAGCAAGGCGGCGGCGCCCAUGGUGCAAUUCGAUGUCGUCUUGUAGCAGCAACACGCAAUUCACUAGUAGUUACUACUCUACUUAUAUAAAAGUAAGCACUUAUUAUUUGUAAUUUUAUACAGUACUCACUAUUUAGUCUUUUAGUUUGUAAAUUGGAAACAACGGAAGGUAACUUCAUGUGAGGAACUUCUACUCGAUCUAUAGGCUUGUUUGGUUUGUGACUAA